AUGAUAACUACAUAAACAAAGUCAAUAUUUUCUUUGAUACAUUAAAGCCACUAAAGACAGAUAAAAAGAUCUAGGCAGGUUUGAGAAACAGGAAUCAUGGGCAGAAAAGGGAAGGUGAGUCAGGAGAGAGAGAAGGUGUGGUCAAUCCAGGCUUCUAAUCCCGAAUUAUCCAGCAGGUCAGGCCUCUCACUUCUGGAUUAGACCACACUGUCUCCUCUCAAGACAAAACAAAGACGCCAUUGCAGUCAGCUUCCAGAAAUUCAAGCUCCUCACAGGGAAAUCCUCAGAGGGUAUUUUGGUUGUCCAUCUUGGUUUGUGAACACUAACGCUUCUAACUCCACUCCAGAUUUCCUCUUUGGAUUAUUUGCGAAACAGCAACUCUGUUGCCACUUUGGAACUAUGGCGUUGCUUAAAUCAGGCUUGCUAUGGAGAAAGGGCUCCGUCCUCAAGCGCUGGAAGCUGAACUGGUGUGACCUGUGGAUCGACGGGAGUCUGGUCUUCUACAAGUUGGAGAGCAGACGCGAGUACGAACACAGAGUCAACCUCAAGACGAGCUGUGUGGAGGUGAUGAUCGGUCUGGAGUGUGGAGCUGUUCCUCCUGAGAGUCACCCUAGAGAGAACCUGCUAGUGAUCCAGCUGAAAGAUGGCUCCCAGAUCAUCGCGUGUGCCAACAGUGAAGAUGAGGCGCUAGCAUGGAAGUUGACUGUUAUGGAGGCUAAACGAAAUCCAGCGGUGUUUACCUAUGACCCGUACGAUGACUCAUACCAAUCUGUCCCGCUCUGCGGCCACAACACCGUCAAUCUCCCGCCUGGUUCAGGUACACAUCACGUGAUCAUCCAGAGGGACCCCUACGAUAACUUCGGAGAGCAGAUUGUUCUGGGGAUGCUCGCUGGCAUGGCGGCUGGAGCUGCUAUGCGCUCUUUCCUCUGGAUGCCGUUUUGGUUCUGCUGAAAGAACCUCUGGAUUCCCGCCUGUUUUUCCCUGGCCUCCCUCCUUGAGAACAUGAACUGACAGCCAGGGAUGCUGUAGUAUGACGCAACUACUUAGUGAUGCUGCUAUUGGCCUCACGGCUACAACAUGUUUAUUUUUAUCUCUCAGAUUGUGUGUUUUUUUCUUCUGUUGAGAAUAGUGUGAAUAGGCGACCAUCCUUCUUAUGGUGAAGCCAUCCCAAAAUUGGAUAUGUGAGGAAAUAUCUUGUAAAUAGAUUGUGUAUGUUUUGUCCUCGGUACUGUACAGUUUGGUCUGGUUAUCAAAUGUGUAUCAAAAACAAAAAUAUUCUAAAUUUGCCUGAGGUUUGUUGCCAAGGGGACCGCAUGCUAAUUUAAGCAAGUUGUGUAACAUGUCAUGGUCUCUGACUGCCAAUUUGCUUUAGAGAUUAAAAAUGUAUCAACCC